CUCCAUCCCUCGGCCGUACUAUAAAGUACUCGAUAUAGAGCGAAAAGGAGUCACAUCUUUCUCUCUUGCUGCGUUAUAUACGCUCGCGAUUUUUACGGAAUUGUUACACAGUUGCGCAAAUUUGUUCCAGGCCGUCCAAAAAGGCGACAGGACAUGACGAGCCCAGUCGUGAUCGCAGCUACAGCUAAGCACACGGCGACGUUAAUAUUUUUCCAUGGCUUGGGUGACACGGGGCAUGGCUGGGCCAGUUCUAUGGGUGCAGUACGGUCUCCUCAUGUCAAAGUUAUUUGCCCUACUGCGCCCACAAUGCCGGUAACAUUUAAUGCAGGGUUCAGAAUGCCUUCUUGGUUUGAUCUACGUUCUUUGGACUCCAGUGGUCCAGAAGAUGAAGAAGGUAUACGUAAGGCUGCUGAAACAGUUCACUCAUUAAUAGCAGAGGAGGUUGCGGCUGGGAUACCAACUACACGCAUUGUUCUUGGAGGAUUCAGUCAAGGUGGAGCACUAGCUAUGUACAGUGCUCUUACAUUCCCAGAACCUCUAGCUGGCAUUGUAGCUUUAUCCGCAUGGCUUCCUCUACAUCAAAAAUUCCCAGCAGAAGCAAUAGGUAAUAGAAAUACUCCAUUGCUGCAAUGUCACGGUGACUGCGAUCCGAUUGUGCCAUAUAGAUGGGGUCAAAUGACCGCAUCUCUUUUAAAACAGUUCAUGACACAGACAGAAUUCAAAACGUACCGAGGAAUGAUGCAUACAUCUUCCGAAGAGGAAAUGCGAGACAUAAAGAAAUUCAUUGAAAAGGUUCUGAAGCCGUAAUAGAUUGAAUUGAACGUGCAUCGAUAUUUUAUCGGCUACGUCAAGCAUCUACUUGUACAUUAUAUUGAAAUGAUUCCAAUUUUGCGAUUAUUUAGUUUUAGUAAAUUAUACGAACUCUUUAAAAAGGAGUUAAGUAGGAAAAUCUUCCAAGAUAUUGAGAUGCAGUGCUAUAUAGGAAAAAAUACAUUUUUUAGAAGAAUAUAUUUAUUUACAAUCUUUAUAUAAUUUGUAUCUGUGUAUCCAAACUUUUCGAUAUUUUAAUGUAUCAAAGCAUUUCAUAUAGCGAUACUACAAAUUAAUUCGUACAGUUCUCAAUUCUUCUUUAGUAUAUAUCUAUAAAUUGGUAUUUCUCGUUUCUUCUAAUCUUUAAUGUCUCUACGAGUAUAUAUACAUAUACGUAUAAAUAUACAUAUAUUUAUACAUAUGUAUAUACAAAUAUGUAUAUACAAAUAUUAACCCAUAUUAUAUUUAUUUGCAAAGUUAUAUUGGUGUAGCGAUAUAUUGUUCAAAAAUAACACAAAGUGAUGUUUAUUCGUUUUUGUGAUUUAAGUCUGCGACAAUAGUAAAUUUACAAGUAAAUUUAUGUCAAAGAUACUGUUAAAAUACUAUUAAGUCAUGCUAAAUGAAGAGCUUUCUGCAGUUCUUCCAUUGACAAAACUUCCAAUCUUUUUGCGCCUACAUUGCGUUUCGGAUAAUUCUUGUUUAACUAACAAACAAAAACGUCCAUGAAGCACUUAAGUAAUUCGCGCGUUCGAGCAGCUACGAACCUUUUAAAAUUUCUAUUUCAUUUAGACCCGCGCUAUAACAUAAAAUGUUGCCGCUAAUGAAUCACUUGUAGCGGAUAUUGUCUAGAAGACAGUGACACGGCCAUGUAAUCUGUGAUUACGCAUUAUACUGUCGAAAUCCACCAGUCCAUCACUUAGUAACAGUAUAACAUGGAUCAGGGUUUCCUAAACUCUUCUACAUCUGAUUUCAUGUGGAUCCUUUGAGGAGAAAUAUACGAAUUCUUUAAGAAUAAUACAAUCAUACGAUUCACAAACAUGCACAGCUUUAUUAAAAAUGCACGAAGUAAUAUUACCUUUCUAUAACACAUUCUCAGUUAUCUCUACAUAA